AUGACACUACGAAUACGCGUCUUUAUUGCCUUGCUGUCCUAUGGCGGAGCCGUUUUUGCACAGUCGGCUUUUAAUCAGCAAGUGCAACCAAUGGACCCAAAUAUGUUGGAGAUGAUGCUUCCACCAUUUCUCAGAUAUGCCGAUACAAAUGCACGCAGAGAAUUCGAGACUAUUGUCACUAACAGGGACAUAAAAAAAUCUGAAAUUACAGCCAAAUUGGAUGACUGGGCUAAUCGACAACCAAGUCAAGUUAAGAACGCAUUUGAAAAUGACAAGCAGAUGCAGAUUAAUAUGACAAAAUUAUUGGACGGCCAAAGGAAACGUAUAGUUCAGGGACUAUCUAAAGAGGCUCAAAUUAUUGCAGCAAAAUUAGAUACUUUACGGGAAAAUCAAGAUAUAACACCAGCAGAAGAAAUUCAACAGGUGCUUGAGAUAUUUAAAAAUGCUUCUGAGGCAGUGAUACAGGAACUAAGAUCAGUAGAUGCUCAAAUGGCUCCAAUGGGAGAUACGCAACAACCAUACCAAAGAAAGGUGAAAUAA